AUGCCUCCACCAUACAUCGUUGGUGAGCCUACACCUAAGCAAGGUGAACACCACACAUCAAUCAAUGCAUUGUGGAAUUUGAAGUGGAAGAAGCGGGCUGGACUAGGAAUAUAUCCCUUCACAGAAGGAAAACUAGAAGACUUGGAAGAAGUCUUUGCUCAUUUUGAAGAGAACGAUCUCAAACCUCCGUACAACUUCGAAGAAUAUAGCAAGCCAUUCUUCCCAGUUGCAGAAAAAUUAGAAAAUCAAGCUAAAGAGGAAGAAGAAGAAGGCAACAUCGAGAAAGCUCGUGAGUUGUGGCUUCGUGCUGCGUGUGUCUGGCGGACUGCCAGACAGCCUUGUCCGAUGGCACCGAAUCAACACAUCGCAUGGUCCCGCCAGAAGGUUGCGUUCUACAAUGGAUCCAGACUUCAUGAUGCUCCAUUAAGAGAAUACCUCAUCCCACAUUAUCACGCCAAGCCCGGCACCAAGGAAAUGUACACUUCAGUCCCAGUCAGUGUCCGCCUUCCACUCGGUGCCAAACCUGGACAAAAAUUCCCCGUUGUAAUGACUAUCUAUGGUCUUGAUGGCUACCGCACAGAGCAUACUCGCUCCUCAACCUACCACACCACGAAUGGAUUUGCCUCCAUCGGGGUCGAAAUUCCAGGAACAGGGGAUUGCCCAGCAGACCCAAAUGAUCCCACUUCUCCGGAUCGCCUAUGGAGCAGUGUUUUGCAGUGGAUUCAUCAGCAACCAUGGGUUGAUACUAAGAAAGUCGUUGCGUGGGGUGUGAGCUGUGGCGGAUAUUAUGCCAUGCGCAUUGCUCACACCCACAAAGAUAUGUUGGCUGGCGUGGUAGCUCAAGGUGGAGGUUGCCAUCACAUGUUUGAUCCCGAGUGGCUGGAGGUUGCUAGUCAUAUGGAAUAUCCAUUUGAUCUUACACAAGUCCUCGCCCUCAAAUUCGGCUACGACGACGUAGAGAAGAUGAAAAUUGACUCAAAGUCCCGGUUCUCCCUCCUAGAAAACGGAAUCAUAGACGAACCCUCAUGUCGCCUUCUGCUCAUCAACGGCAUGCUUGACGAGCUUUUCCCGAUCGAAGAUUCGAUGCUGAUGAUGCAACAUGGAAGUAUCAAGGAAGCACGUUUCUUUGAGGGGAUUAAGCAUAUGGGUGAGCCGUAUGCGAUGCCGAUGGCUAUUGAGUGGGUUGCGAAUUUGUUCAAGGGGAUUCAGUCUGAUGGUUGAGGGUUCUUCGUGAUGUCUGGAAUUCAAGAGACUGCUUCUGUAUAGACGUUUUUGUGCAGGUUAGGGACAUCAUUCUCGACAACGGAUCUUUUCGGCCCAAAGGCUUUAUCGCCGAAGCAAAAUAGGGGUCGUCGCUUAAAAAGUCAACUCUCCUCUCCCCAGCG